GUAUGCAGUAUACUCGCUGUAAAUGUGUACAAAUCUAUACUGUACACUAUGUACAUCUAAGAAGAAAGUAUGUGUAAGUAUGUUCUACAUAUGGAAUAAACUACCUGAAAUAGAUGAUGCCCAAUCAUUUACUUUGGUUGCAUUUAUUAUCAUCUGUAGUGAAAUGGCAUCCCCUUGACUAAUGUACUGAUACCGUAUGUAUACAGUCAACUUAAAGGAACUCAGCAGCAGUAGAAGACAUUAAUAGGAAGGGUGCUGAAAUGUCUGCCACCCUGCUGGUCUUGAUGAACUCUCUGUGCCAAACGCUUGACACUGCUUGCGUUAGUAGGGAUCUUUUUUUUAUUGGCCCUAUUUGCAUGACAAAAGUGUGCUUCUGAUUCACGGGUGCUGAGGAAGGUGGAGGGAGAGGGGGGAGAAGGCUGGCUGGAGGCAGAGGUGGACUGUUGGACAGAAAGGCUGUGAUUUGUACCUCCUGGCUGGCAGCAACAGACAGACGCUCUUCACCAUGUAUGGCAGUGGCUUCUCCACAGAGGCCAGUUAGCCAGCACAUGCUGGAGACUGGAGCUGGACACUGGAUGAACGGACUGGGCAUAUGUCAGAGGACACACAGUACAUGGGAGUAGUGGUCAUCAGGACGUAAGGAGAGUUGCAGCAGCCUUGGAGUAACACUGAGCAGUGAGAGCUGGAGCGGGAGCAGCCUGAGUCUACAGUAAGCCCAGUUACUCAUCACAUGUUGCAGUCUGGGUCUGAGCUGUGGAACAUAGAGAAGUAGAGAUGACUGGAGCCCUGCUGACUCUGGUUCUGCUCUGUUGCAUAGUGGUGCUGUGUGAAUGUGAGCCAACUCAGCCAGGGCUAGACAGAGAAGAGAGGGGCUCAGAUGAGGGCAGCAGUCUGCGCCUGGUCCAUCAAACAUCAGACUGGGUGUUCCAGCUGGUCAACGUGUCCCUGGCCUUCUCCCAGGCAGGGAGCUUCUGCAGGGGCCAGUUCAGCUCCCUCACCACCCUGGGCCAGCCUGAAGACGAGGAGGGAACCCUGGAGCUCAUCAGGCAGGCAGGCCUGCAUGGACCCAUGUGGGUCAGAGACCCCAACAGGCCAACCAGCAGGUCUCUGGUCCUUGCCAAACAGUAUGUGUUGUUCCAAGCCCUGAACUUCCCCAGGGACUCCCAGGAGGGCUACGGCCGUGUCAACAUGACGUUCCCAGCCCUGCCAGCGGUGAGCGUGUGUGUCCGCGUGCAGUGGGACCCCCAGUGGGACCAGGUGUCCACCAUGUACUCCUACGCCGCGGCCGUCUUCACCAACGAGUUCCAGCUGCGCGGACAGUUUGACGGGACAGGACGUAUCCUGCUGGCGCUCAUUGUUCAUGGGCAGCACCGCCCCUACAAGGCAUCCUUCCCCAACGAUGGGGCCUGGCACCACCUCUGUGUCACCUGGCGCAAGACUGACGGCCACUGGGCCAUCUAUGUGGACGGGGAGAGGGGGGACAUGGGCUCCGGGUCUGACACCCCCAGGGACAUACAUGGAGAUGGCAUACUUAUCCUGGGGCAGGAUCAGGACUCGUUUGGAGGGAACUUCACCGAGCCCUUUGUAGGGAAUAUCACAGAUCUGAAUGUCUGGGACACAGCCUUGGAGCAGAGGCAGUUCCUUGCCCUGAAUGGCUGCUCAUCUUUGACCCAGGACGCUAUCUUUACCUGGAGUAUAGAUAAUAUGACCCGUCACCCAGUGGUCGGAGAGGUGCCAGCCAUGCUGUUCUGCCCAGCGGUCCACAGGCAGAGGGAUAUGCAGGGCUGCAGGACUCUGGAGGGCUGGUCUAGUCAACAGCUCCCCCUGUAUGACUCUGCAGACUGCUCCACCAGACUGCCCUUCAUCUGCAGGACCAGCAGGGAGCGCUAUGUUAAGAUGAAGGAGUUGAGUGAGUCUCAGCGCUCCCAUCCCAGUCCCUUCAUGCACCACCUCAUGCAGCUCUCCAAUGGAACGCAGGGUGUGAUGGGGGGGCAGCCAGGGAUCCAGAUGAGCUGGGGUCAGGCGUCCAGUCUGCUCAACAUGUCCAGGCAGGCCCUGGAGGACACCAGGGAGGGGCUGCAGCCUGGGGACAUGCUGUCCCUGGUCCAGCUGCUAGCGUGGGCUGCAGACGUGCCCACAGACACAGCCGUGGAAGGCAACGGCAGCCUUGCCACCACCAGCGCUGGGGAGCUCAGCCACACCUUUAUCACUGUGGCUGACAGCAUCAUUAGCCAGGACAACGCCCCCAAGUGGCAGGCCAUCAAACAGGUGGUGAGUGGACCGAUGGCUGUGGUCAAGAGCAUUGACCGCAUGGUGACCAGUCUGAGCACUCAGCUGAUGACGGAAAUGGACCAUCUACUUAUCCACAGGUCCAACAUCAAGCUGGAGGUUCAGCAGCAGAGUCUCGGAGAGGGAUCUAGCGGGCCUAAGUUCUGUGGUCCAGACGUGGCGAUCGACACCAACAUAGACUGUAUCUCAGUCCCCACGCAGAACAUGCAGAAUCUCCAUGACAAAGGCUUCCAGAAGGUGACUGUGGUCAACACGUGGUACAGUUCCCUGCGGCCUCUUUUCAACGCGGAGGAGAACAUCACCAUGUUUCCCAUCGUCACCGAUGGCAUCCAGAGGUACCUGGGCACCAUCCUGGGCUCCUCUGUCAUCUCUACUACAGUCCUGGGGGACGGACUGCCUGUCAGCAUGGCUGUGCGCUUCCAGCUCCAACACAGAGCUCAAAAUUCUGCAGGGACCGUGUAUGACCCAGUCUGUGCAUUCUGGGACUUUGAUCUGAUGCCAGAGUCAGGUGGGUGGUGGUCUACUAAAGGCUGUGAGGUCAUCUCUAAACACUACGACUCCACUGUCUGCUUCUGCAACCACACCACCAACUUUGCCCUGCUGCUGCAAGUCUAUGAAGUCCAGAGGAGUCCAGGGAAUGAGAGAGCCCUCCAGGUCAUGACGUUCAUCGGCUGUGGAGUGUCCCUGUGUAGCUUACUAUUCACCUUCAUCCUCUUCUUUGCUGUGGGAGUUCCUAAGUCUGACCGCACCACUGUCCACAAGAACCUGAUUGUGGCUCUGGGGAUAGCUGAGCUGCUGCUGAUGUGCAGCGACUGGGCCUCUGCUAACGAGGGGGCAUGUCUGCUGGUGACGGCCCUGCUGCACCUCUUCUUCAUGGCCUCCUUCUCCUGGAUGCUGGUGGAGGGACUGCUGCUGUGGAGUAAGGUGGUGUCUGUCAACAUCAGCGAAGACCGCAGGAUGAAGAUGUACUACGGCAUCGGCUGGGGUCUGCCUGUUGUGGUUGUUGGUGUAACCUUGACGAUAUCCCUGGACAAGUACAAAGCAGACAGUCACUGCUGGCUCAAUGUGGAGACUGAUAUGAUUUGGGCUUUUGUGGGACCUGUUCUUUUAAUCUUGGCCGUCAAUGCAGUGGUGCUGUGCCGUGUUGUCAUGGUGACGGUGUCCAGCGCCCGUCGUCGCGUAAAGAAGCACACUCCCAGUUCAGCAUCUAAACUCCACACCUUUGACCUGACCUGGGCUGUGACACGACCAGUCCUUAUUCUACUGCCAGUGCUGGGCCUGACCUGGCUGUGUGGAGUCCUGGUGCACCUCUCCAUGGUGGUGGCGUAUGUCUUCAUUGCUCUCAAUGCUUUUCAGGGCCUGUACAUAUUCUUGGUGUAUGCGGUUUACAAUAGUGAGGUAAGGAAUGCCAUAAAGAGGAUCAAAGAGAAGAGGAAAGCCUUGUCUUUCACGAACUGUUGCCAGCCAAUCAGCUUCCUGCCGUCCCAGAGGGGUCCGGCCCAGUCGUGGACCCACAGUCUGCCCCGUCCCUCCAGCCCAGAGACCAGCGAGACCUCAGGCCCCGGCAGCACCACCAAUACCUCACUGGUCAUCAAGAACGAGAGUUAUGGAAAAGAAAGUAGUUUUGUGAGCUUCUCCUUGAAACCAUCAUCAGGAAACCAGGUGGUUCAACUGACUGCUUUCAAGCCCUCAGGCUGCUGAUGGAAUUGGACACCAAGGCACAUGUAUCAUAUAAACUGGUGGGAAGAAAUAAGAAUUGCACAGUGAAUAUCACAAACAGAUACACACAAUAGAUGCAUCUACUCUCAUACACAUAUAGUAGUAGAUAGUGUAAAUAGACACACACACACACCCCCCUACAUACAGAAUUAAAGACUCAAAUAUGUACUCGCAAGCACACACACACACACACAGAGUGUGUGAUGCAGGAAGCGUAUUUUAGGAGGACAGCUCCUCCUCUACAGUGCCCCAGGGUCAGAAAUCUUCUGCUGUUUAUGAAAAGGCUUUUUUACAGAGGCAACACAACGUUUGUCGUGUGCAUGUAGAUUUCAGUUUAAUUUUCUGUUGGAGAGUGGCUGAUCACCUUCAGGCUUUUUUACAAUAAUAUGUGUGUGUGUCUGUGUGCGUGUGCGUGUGCGUGUGCGUGUGUGUGUGUGUGCGUGCGUGCGUGCGUGUGUGUGUGUGUACUUUUUGUUUUUACAGACAUAACUAGAAAGUAGUUAUUACUGUAAACUGGAUAUAAACCUUUGAAUCUAGGAUUAAAGGGUUUUACUACUGUAAGAAAUCAUAUGACCAGACAACAAGAUUGUGUUGUCAGUGUGAGAACGUGGAUAGUAGGAUGACAGAUCAUCUCAUAGAUCAACAGUAUUAGAUAGUAGAGAUAGAACUUACUGUGGACUGACUGGGCAGCUCAUAAAGAAACAUUAUGAAGCCUAUCACCUGUUGUAUCACCUACUGUAUCACCAGACAACCACUAUGUGUAUUUGAGGCUGUGCUAGCUGCAGCUUGGCUGUCUCCCCAAGUCUUUCCUCCCUCCCCUGGCCUCCCCUACCUUACAACAAGCAGCAGAAAUCCUGGCCUCUCCCUAUCUCCACUACAGGAAGGUGCGCUCUGAACUGAGACACAUUAUUCACUACAGCUCAAAUGGUUGCAUGAAACGAUUUAAAUCCCACAGGGAGAGUGGUUUUAUCCCAAUACAAGAAUAUGCUGGGGCAAAUAUACUGUACUUUCUCGUUUGAUGUAAUUUUAUAAUGUUAUGAUAUGGAGGGGGGUUAGUGUUAGGACAGACAAGCACACUACCAAUCACUUCCACACCUCAUGCCCAGGGGGCAGCAGCUCCUUGGCUCAUUUGCUCUGCCAGAAAGUCUUGUGGAUCCUUGUUAAGUGUUGAUUGGAAACAAGAGUAAGCCAGCUUGCAGAGCCGUGAGGCUGCUGGUUUUUCUUGGUAGCCAUGUGCACCCUUGGCUAUGUUUAAAAUAUUUUGUUUGGUCAUAUUUUUUCCUUUUUGUAUAUAUUUAUUUUCAUCACCCCUUUGAACAAUCAAAAAGGCAAGGAAGAGCUGGCCCUGGAUCUAAGGUUGCUGUCUCCUGGGUACAUGUACAUACAGUGAGGGAAAAAAGUAUUUGAUCCCCUGCUGAUUUUGUACGUUUGCCCACUGACAAAGAAAUGACCAGUCUAUAAUUUUAAUGGUAGGUUUAUUUGAACAGUGAGAGACAGAAUAACCCCAAAAAAAUCCAGGAAAACACAUGUCAAAAAUGUUAUCAAUUGAUUUGCAUUUUAAUGAGGGAAAUAAUGUCACGUCCUGACCAGCAGAGGGAGUAGUUGUUUAGUAUUUGGUCAGGACGUAGCAGAAGUGGUGUGUUGAAUGUAGUUUCUAGUUGUUCUGUUUCUGUGUUAGUCUUGUGACUCCCGAUCAGGAACAGCUGGAUAUCGUUGUUCCUGAUUGGGAGUCAUAUAUUAGGACUUGUGUUUUUCUCUUGGGGUUGUGGGUUGUUUUAUUUGGCACUGCUGUAAGUAUUUGUAUAGCCUGUGAAACUGUCACUCUGUCAUUUCGUGUUUAUUGUUUUCCGUGUACAUCAUAGUUAAUAAAAAUGAUGUUGAGCACGCAAUCCGCUGCGUAUUCGUCCACAUUUUCUGACAGUGAUUUCGAGAUAUCUUCAGACGAAGGAGAAUAUUGUGACAAAUAAGUAUUUGACCCCCUCUCAAUCAGAAACAUUUCUGGCUCCCAGGUGUCUUUUAUACAGGUAACGAGCUGAGAUUAGGAGCACACUUUUUAAGGGAGUGCUCCUAAUCUCAGUUUGUUACCUGUAUAAUAGACACCUGUCCACAGAAGCAAUCAAUCAAUCAGAUUCCAAACUCUCCACCAUGGCCAAGACCAAAGAGCUCUCCAAGG